GGCGGUGUGAGUCUGAAAUGGUGCUCGGAACAACAACAAAAGAAGAAGAAGUGGAGCGCGGUUUGAUUUUGAAUCUUCCGGAAAGGAGCCAUCUGGUAUGUUGUGGUUUGUUAAUACCUUAAAAACAUCAAAUUCUAAUGAGAUUCGUCAUUAAAAUUGUUCUUAUUCGACUCCAUUAAGUUUGUUUUAACUGUAACUGUUUUCAUGAUCAGUUGGUGAGUUCUGUUAACGUUUAUUAACAACGGCGGUCGUGGUCAGUAAAGUAAACACAGUGAGGGGUUCAUGAAUCCAGGCCUGAAUUAAAGUUUAAAUUUUGAUGUUUUGGUUGUUGACAUUAACAUCCAAAUUAAAUAUCUGCGUUACAUAUAAGAAUACAUCAACAAAAAGGUUUUUGCUUGUUCGGCUUUGUAAUAACUGUUGUGUUUUUACUUUUUACUCACUUAAACCUUCUCACUUAAAAUGAGAAUAGUGUCGAUAUCUUCUUUUGUUUCUACACGAAAGCAUUACAUCAGUCUUUUUAAGUGGCACAUUAUUUCAGUCCCAGCUAUCAAAUAUUAUAUCAGCAUUAUGAAAGUCUGAAUGUGAAAUAAGGACUAAAUAUAUAGAUUUUUGAACGAUUUUCAUCAGGUAAUAAAAACUGUAGUAUAUUUUACAGUCAUGAUGUGUCAACUAAGGUAUGUCAGAAGUCAAGAAACACACACAAAAAAACAUGAUUUUUAUAUGCAUCUCUCUUGUUUUGUGCUUUCUAUUUUCCAGCACAGCUACAAUGUCUCAAGGUCAUAAAUUCCAGGACUUGGAGGAGACAGGAGAGGCAUUGGUGGCCUUCAUCAACAGCAGCCAACCUGAGAAACUGAGACAGGUUAAAGAGGAACACCAGGCUCUUUUUGAUCAACAUUUAGAGACCAAAAAGAUUGUGACGCAGAUUUUAAAAGGCAAGUUAGAUGACUUUCUAACCCCAAGAAACCUUUCCUCUAACCCAAAAAACCUUUCAAGGCAGAGCUGGAACCAGAUUCUUCUGUCUCACACUUUUUUCAUGUCCUUGGUCCACAGAUGUGGCUCAGAUCGAGGAGUGUGCAGGUCAGAGACUGCUAGACAUGGAGGAAGAGAAGAAGCACAGGGAGAUGGAGCUUGACAGUCUGGAGGAGCAGCUGAGGAAGUGCACAGAAAAGAGCCAGAUCACAGAGUCAGAGUCACAGUAUCCUUCAAACGUCUGUGUGUUAACCAGAGAGCAUACAGUGAAGAGAGUCCAAACAUUUCAGGUGUGCUUCAUGAAUGAGUCCUGCGCAGCUCGGUUUACCUCCUCUCUGCUAGCCUCCUUAAUCCUCCUUCAGAUUCCUGCAGAGAAAGCUGGAGAGUCUGAGAAAUGAUGAACAUGAUCUUCAGAAUUUGCAGAAUGAGGUGGAUGAAGACACGACCGAGGUCAUUCCCUCAGCUGUGUGAGUACUCAGAGUUGUUAUGGAAUUAUAAGUGCAAAACAAAAAACCACAAGACUUUCUGACUAUUUUUGUUUUUUUCCCCUAUAUGACUCACUGUCACCUACACUGGAAACUUCACAUUUUUUCACUUGAUCUACUUUUAUCAACUGAUUUGCAUUAAUGACGGAUAUUUGGAAAAAAGAGAAAUCAUUGAUUGAAUGGACUGAUUUACUCUGAGAUGUGUAUGGCCGAGGCUCAUAACCCUGAUGAUGUUAGAUACAGUGAAAUAAUGCUCGCUCUGGCAUUUUGCUGCUUGUGUUGAAGACGUGGUACAACUAAAACAUCUUUUUCUUUAGCCUAUAUAAUAGCUCUGACUCUUCCCUCCUCAGGUACGUGGCCCAGGUGUACUACCUGAUAACAAAGAUCAAGUGGGAAUACGACACACCGCCAAAUACAUUAAAAGGAGGUGUGUUUACUGUUCUGUGGUCUUGUUUUGUGUGUAUUUAUCUAUGUUGAACUGUAACUGAGCGUACACACCAUCAGUGUUUCCAUAACUUCUCUGUGUUUCUUCUUCUUCUCUCAGUUCAUUAUGGCGCCGAUUUGGCCACGCCCAUCAACAUCGACACAUCUGUGCGAUCUCGAAACGAAGUCAGUGACCAGCUGUGGGGCUUCGUCAGCACUGAAUGGUAGAUGAUCGAUGGUGUUGGUGGUGUCACUGGGGGUGCUGUGUACUAUAUAUUUUUUUGUCUGUAAACAUGUUUAUGUUUAUUUUUUCUAUAACACACUUCAUAUUGUCUAAAGAUUAAAUAUCACACAUCUUUGUUUGAAAAGUUGGGCUCAGAUUGUAUUUUAGAAACAUUCAUUCAACAGAAGAUUGUUAAAGUGGUGUAAUGUGUUCAAGUUUCACUAUACAAACAACGUAGGAAUAGCACUUCUCACAUCAAGAUGACAAAACACAGGGGCUCAGAAAAUGACAAUGACUCAUGAAAUAAACAAUCCACCUUAAUAUAAGUCAAUACAAAAACAUGAGAACACUUACCAAAUAUAAGAAAUAUUUCAUCUUUGAUAAAAGUUAGGAAAAAUUAAACAACAAUUUCAUCUGUUUCUUUAAUUUAAGGUCAUAGUCCACUUUUAUGCCAAGAUUGGUCCAAACUGCUCCUCAUUUCUCAUUCUCUCUGUUGUCUCGGAGUCUUUUCUGAAAAAGAAAAAGUGUAAAUAGCGAGAGGGGUGAAAUUAAGCUUGGAUGUGUUGUGCCGUCCACUAGAUGUCACUGCAGAUCAAUUUUAUUCUGUUUCUCUCCAAAGUUUGUGAACAAACUUCAUAGAAAUAUUGACUUGAUUCUUGCAAUUUUUCAGAUACUGAUCAUGUUUCCGGUUCAAACGCAGAUAAAAAGAUAUCUGAGUUCAAAUCUGUUUAUUCAGUAAGAUAGAGAGAAGCUGAUUUUUGCAGAGGUUUGCAGGUUUCUAACGAGUCAGACUAGCAAUGCAAAGAUCAGGAGAGAGCGUCUCUUUCUGUAAGAUUUACUCCUGUAGCUGUUGCAUAUUUAAGACAGCAUCACCUAUUUAGAUGUGGGUACUGCAGUUUUUGUUUUUAGAUAGUUGAGUUGUUAGUGUGUAAAUAGCUUUGGCACUUUCACUUCUACUUAUUUUUUUUUAAUAUUUACUUCCUUCUGCUUAUGGAGGCAGGAAAUUCAGAAUUGCACCCCAGUUUCCCUAAGAUAAAACAUAUUUUUCUGUCUUUCUUUCUUUCUUUUUUUCUUACUUACUUUAAGUUUACUGUUUUUUUUAAUUAACUUUUAAUAAUUCUUCCAGACCUUUUUACUUUUAAUACAGACUUUUUGAUUAGCAAUGUGAGCUGUAACAAGUGGUGACUGAGGCUGUGAUCCACUAUUAAUACCUGCACAUUAUUUAGUCAGCCAAAUAAUAUGUAGUUCCAAUAUGCCCCCAAACAAGUGGGUCAAAUGCAACGUGCCAAACAAUACCAGAAAGUCUCACCACAUGUGGUUACACUUUGUGACACUAAGCCAGCAUUCUCUGUUGGUUAUUUUUUCCCAUCAGUCCUCUGGUAAGAAAAAAACCCACAUCAAAUCCAUUUCAAUAUAAAGAGAACAGACAUUUUUAAAAGUUUAUCACAAGGUUUAUAUUUUUGAAUUUAGAGAGAAUAAGAUAACAAAUUUUGUAAACAUCAAGGUACUGCUGCAUCUCAGAAGAGUAGAAUUUUGUGAAGAAGUUCAUUGUUUUAUAGCAGCUUAAAAGCAUUUAAAGCUCCAGUGAGGAACUGUUGUUUGUCUCAUUUCUGGUGCCCCUUGUGGAUGAAGCUGUCUUUCCUUUCUUGUUUUCCCAGUGGGUCUGUAAUCUCUGAAAGGUCAACACCUCUUAACAGCCGCCCAGGAUAAAUUAAGUAUUCUGAUUCUAUCACGCAUCAAACCAAAAGAAAACAAAUAUUUAAUCACUAGUUUGUCUCAAUUCUGGCGAGAUAGUGUUGAGUGAGAACAGAGAUGGCAAUAAAACAACAGUAGAUGAAAAAGAGGACAUAAUGCUGGAAUAUAAAAUUCAGGUGUCUUUAUUCUCAGUGCCCCUGUUGUGUUCCUGCUCUGCAGUAAAAGGAUGUGUGUCAUUUUCUGCAUCGUUUUGAUUUACCGAGAUGUGAAACAGCCUCCUUCUUUGAAAGGGACGUGAUGCCCCGGCUGUGAGCGGGCCGGGUGGUUGAAAGUGGGCAGGAUGACACGUGGUGUCAUGGUGGCUCACACUCUCUAUAUCAUACCUCAGAGCUGCGCUGCGAUGUGUGGUUUCCUUACGGUAAACAGCUGCAGGAGGGUUUCUGCUUUCUGCAGCUUCAUGCACGGCUCUGGCACUGACGCUGAAUGUCAGUGGUUAACACGUGGGCACCAUGGAGAGGGGCUUUUGUCUGCGUCUACAAUUUUCAGUAUCACCCCUUCCUCUUUUUGCAAAACAAAAAACAAACAAACCGGAAAGAAAAUGACCAGUUUAGCUUAAAAUGUUAUUAUUCGAUGCAAAUGCUUGGCUUUUUUUGCCGUAAAUUAUUUGUAUCUCCUUCCUUUAACUUAUACUUUCCAUGGAAGAACAUUGUCAUAUCCUGUAUCAGCCAAGUCCCACAUCUAGUAGGCUGAAAUGACAUUCUUAUAAUAUGCCAUACGCAGUAUUCGCAUAUUGAAAUACUAAAUUUUACUCUGUAUAGCUUCAGUUUCCGAACAGUUUCAGUUGCAAGUUUGGAUCUUUACUUUGCAUAUAUGGUCAUAAUUGGUUUCAUACCAAACAUUAAGUUACACUUUAAAGCUCCAGUAAGGAAUUUUUACAUUUGUGUGGUUUUUUGUCUCCUCUCUGAAUACAAUGAUGUCUCUUAGUUGCGCACAUGUGAGUUGUGUUUUCGGAUUAUGUAUCACUGUGUUACAUAUCCGGUUAAUAAGCUAAAAUCCUCUUUCAGGAGCUGUAAGGAGUAAAAUCUGGUGUAAAUUCAGUCUGUCACCCUGAACUAAAACCUUUGAGUCUGACUAAUAAGGUCACCAACAGUGAACCCUUCGGCCUCCAAAACAAUACCCAUCUGUUGUUGCAGAACUUUGUUAUUGUUUCCUUUUUUAAUACAGUAAACAAACAUCAAAAGUC